CAACAAUAAUAAUCUUCAAAUUAGAAAUCACCCAUCUCUUCAUGUCUGACUAAACCAUGGCUGAGGGAAGAGGCGGUGCAGUGGUGGCAAUGGCAGUGAUAUGUCUACUAGUGGUGGCGCUUCAAUGCGAGGCAGCUAGUUUUGUGGUUGGUGACAAAGCUGGUUGGACGAUGAAUAUUGCUGGCUGGGAAAAGGGCAAGACAUUCAAGGCCGGCGACACCCUUGUGUUUAACUACCAAAAAGGUCAACAUAAUGUUGUGGUAAAGAAAGACCCGGACGAUAUUAGCAUGUGCUCCCUUCACCCAGACGACAAGGAGUACAAAAGUGGAAAAGACACAGUUACCCUUAAUAAGGGUCCUAACUACAUCAUCUGUAGUUUCCGUCAUCAUUGUCCUCAGAUGAAGCUUUACAUAAAUGCAUCAUGGCCAAUAUAAUAUAUAUUAGUAACAAUAAAGAAACGAUCAAAUCUAUGCAUUAAUUAUGUGUGUAGUAAGAGUUUCUUAUGCUUUAGUUAUAGUUAUUUGGAUUAUGGAAUAACAAGUUUCACUCGUAAUAAUAUUUGGCUUUAAAUUAU